AUGCGGCUGAUUCCAGACCGGGUCGCCGAUGAUGCGCGCUUGUUCGAGUGCACCAAGGCGCUCGUCGAUGUCACCUCGCGCACGGAGGAGCUCAGGGCCUACGUCCUGCCCACCUAUCUUCCCGAUAUGAUGGCCGCCCUCCUUCAGCUCGCCUACGGCCCUACGCUUUCGGCGCCGCCGGUCUGCUCCACACCCGAACCCGCAUCAUCGACGCCGGUGGAGCUCCGAGCUCAACCGGCUCAACCCGCCAAGGCUACUCCGGCCAGCGUCCUGUCGGCGUUCCUGCCGCAGGCCCGGGCGGCCAGCUCCACCAGCGACCAGCAGGAAAGCGCGACUACCCAACAAGCCCCCUCGCCGAUGCAACAGUGGGCGUCGCCCGUUCUCGAAAGCAGCUUCAUCAAAGCUGUGACACCGCAGGCGCUGGUGGCCUCGCUUCUGUUGCUCAUGGGCGCCCCGAGUCGUCCGGCUCCUCGGUGGCUGUCGUCUCAAUGCGGACACCUGCUCUCGCGCGCCCUCAUGCGCCACGGAGGAGUCGCUGCAGUUCUCGCGCAUCUGGGAUCCGGCGGCGACCUGCCCGACGCGCUUCAGGCCAAGAUCGUUCAAAUCAUCACCACUCCGCCCAAGCAGGUCCCCAAAUCGUGGUACAUGGCAACGAUGCGCGGUGGGGAACAGAAGUACUAUGCGGCCGUGUGUCCGCAGCUGCGCGAGCUCGUGCACGUGCCGCAUGGGCACGACCAGGCGGAGGCGUACACGCGAAUCGCGAUCACGGCCGCGGGCAGGAUGCUCGAAAAGCAGCCACUGCUGACCAAGCGCUACUUCCUCGACCCCAUCCUCGCGCCGCUGGCCCUCUUCGCUCGAUCGUCGGCCUUGCCUGCUGCCGCCCGUGGCAGUACCACCACCGACCUGAUUCGAGAGCAGCCGCUCAUCAGGUCCCUGGAAAAGAAGCUGCCGGCCGAUACGCCGCCGGCCGAGAGCGUCGAGAUCGAUGAGAAGACAUUGUCGGCGUGCCUGGACGACCUGGAGAAGGUCAUCUCCGCCCACAGCGCCAACGCCACUCUGAGCAACGCCGUCGCCGAAGUCAUGCCAGCGCUGUUCCAGUUGUACUGCUACACGCGGCGCAGUCCGACGUCGCUCAAAGCCACGGUCACGUCGAUCAUGGACACCUUCUUCCUGGUGUCCGAGGGCAGCGCCACGGGGCAGGCGCUGAGGGACCUCAUUCUGCCUCCCAGCCCCGACGCCUCCACGUCGUCGUUUGCGCUGGCCUUCGCGCCGGGGCCGACCGGCGGGGUGGUCAUCAAACGAACAAAGAAUCCGAGCCGUCGGGACUCGUACGGGGAGGCCGAGUGCGUGGUGGCGCUGCUCAAGGAGCUGGGUAACGAGCAGCUGAUGGGCAACCUCUUCGUCGACCUCCUCAAGGCCUUUGUCGAUAUGCGCAGGCAAGACGUUGACCGCGAGAUUGCAGCGCAAGGCGAGCCCCAAGGAGAUGACGAAGAAGAAGAACACCAAACCGAGCGACACCUGGUGUUGCUGCACUUGUUGGCGUCGAUGAGCGAAGGCCUGGGCGAGAAGCUCAUCCAAGACGUCGUGCAAGUGACCACCCUUCUUCGCGUGAUGUUUGAGGGCGGCGAUGAGGUGGUGGUGUCGCUGUGCUUGAGCAUCCUGAGCGCUCUGCUCUCGGGACAGAAGAUCAAGCUCAACCAGGCCGAGUCCAUCUUGUUGCUCGACCUGCUGCCCUUCCUCGGCGAACUCAAGGAUCACCCCGAGGAGCACAUCAGCACUCUGGCCACGGAGCUGCACGUACGCAUCAUCGCACGAGAUCGAUCCUGGUUCAGCGACAGCACCACAGAAACAGAAACGCCGUCGCUGUUCCGCAAGGACGUGGAGCAGAUACUGGCGGAGCUCCGGGACCCGCUGCUGCCGGUGAGAGCGCAGGCCCUGGUCGCCCUGCGCAAGCUGGUGCUGGCCAAGGACGAGUUCGCGCGGGCCAACCGGGACAAGAUUCUCGACAUCUUCCAGACCCAGCUUCGCGACUCGGAUAGCUAUCUCUAUUAUGCGGCGAUGCGGGGAUUGGGAGCCCUGGGCGACAUCUUUCCCGAGGAGAUCAUUCCGGUCUUGGUCAAGUCCUUCCUGGACGAAUCCCUGAUCGAGGACACUCGGCUCAAGCUGGGCGAGACCCUUAGCACGUUGUCCAACCUGCGCGCCAGCUCCCUCUCCAACCUGGCCAGCGUGUGCGAGCUCAUGCGAUUUUCGCUUCACCCUUUCAUCCACGACAUUGUCAACGUGCUUGCCGAGCGGCUGCGAGGCGACCCAAGCGCGGACGUGCGCCUGGGUUGCCUGUUCGUGCUCUCGCGCCUGUUCGCGGGCAUGGGCGUCGAGUCGCUCGAGCUGCUGGCCGAGCGCCUCAAGGAGAUCCAUCAGCUGCUGCGCCACACAAGCGAGAUCGACGUCGACGCCGGCGUGCGCGGGCGUGCGCGCGAGGUGCUGGGGCUCAUGAACGACAUCACCCGCGCCGUGUUCCAACAACGUCCGCCCAUGCGCGAUGACCACAUACUCAACGUCGUUCAAUCCUGA